AUGCGGCGACUCGACAUAUCCGCAUCCGGCGCUGUGCUGGCAUCCUUGCUAGCCAUCGCACCCUUACCAGCGUCGGCCUUUUACUUUCCAGGCACCGCGCCAACUUCAUACAAGACCGGAGACGCUGUACCUCUAUACGUCAAUCGACUUACACCCGCCGAUUCGCAAAACGACCCGAAGCUACGCUCCGUCUUCUCCUUCGACUACUACCAUCCGCCCUUCCACUUUUGUCGCGAAAAAGAUGGCCCCAAAGAAAUCCGGGAGAGUCUGGGAAGCAUACUGUUCGGGGAUCGUAUACAGACGAGUCCGUUCGAGCUGAAGAUGGGCGUAAACGAGACGUGCAAACUCCUCUGUGAAGCUCCGUAUCCGGGCGCGGAUGCGGCGUUUGUCAACAGCAGGAUAUACCAGGGCUACGAUCUUAACUGGUUGAUAGACGGACUGCCUGCGGCACAAUCGCUCAGGGAGCCGGGCUCAGAUCAGACCUUCUAUCAACCAGGCUUCGCGCUGGGCCUUGUAGAUGAGGAUCAGCCCAUUCUCAACAACCACUACGAUAUUGUCAUCGACUACCACGAGGCUUCGCCGGGUAACUUCCGCGUAGUUGGUGUGCUGGUGGAUCCAUACUCCGUGGCGGAAUCGAAGAGAGAGGGCGACAACGGGGCAACGUGCAACGGACAGACGCCGGUCGUCCUGAAAGAGAAUGACGAAGAUACAAACCUGGUCGUCUUUACGUAUGGUGUCUACUGGCGACCCAGCCCCACUCCGUUUGCGACACGAUGGGACAAAUAUCUACACGUCUACGACCCAAAAAUCCACUGGUUCUCCCUCAUCAACUCAGCCGUCAUUGUUGUCUUCCUUGUUGGUAUGGUAAGCGCGAUCCUUGUGCGUACACUCAAAAAGGACAUUGCGCGUUACAAUCGUCUGGAUCAAUUUGCGCUUGAGGACUUUGGCGAAAGCGGCGACGCUGAUGAUACUGCGGAUGAUUCUGGCUGGAAGCUGGUACAUGGAGAUGUGUUCAGGCCACCAAAGAACCCGCUACUCUUGUCCGUUUUGGUUGGCAAUGGAGCCCAACUCUUUGCCAUGACAGCGCUGACUAUAGCAUUCGCGCUUCUCGGCUUCCUGUCUCCUAGCAACCGCGGCGCUCUCGGAACAGUCAUCAUCAUCUUCUACACACUCUUCGGUUUCUUCGGUGGCUACACAGCGGCGCGUACCUACAAGUUCUUCCAUGGCGAGUCGUGGAAGCUGUGCUUUUUCUAUACCCCGGUUGCUCUACCUGCCAUCGUAUUUGGCGUCUUCUUCCUCAUGAACCUGUUCGUUUGGGGCCGCGGUGCAUCCGGUGCCGUUCCAUUUACUACCAUGCUUGUGGUCGUCAUUAUUUGGUUCGUCAUCUCAGUACCACUAAGUGUCGCUGGUUCCUGGAUUGGUUUCAAGCAAGCAGCUAUCGAGCCACCCGUCCGCACUAACCAGAUCCCACGACAAAUCCCGCCGGUAGGAGGUUAUCUACGACCUCUUCCCUCCAUGGCAUUAGCUGGUGUACUCCCCUUUGGCGCUAUCUUUGUCGAGCUCUAUUUCAUCAUGAACUCGAUCUGGUUCUCGAAAGUCUACUACAUGUUCGGCUUCCUAUUCAUCUGCUUUGGGCUCAUGAUCAUCACCUCGGCGGCGGUCACUGUGCUGAUGAUUUACUUCUUGCUUUGCGCAGAGGACUACCACUGGCAAUGGAGGUCUUUCUUCACGGCUGGUGCAAGUGCAGCGUAUGUGUUUGCCAGUUGCUUGCUAUAUUGGAUCAAGGAUGUAAGCUGGACUAGCUGGACGAGUGGUGUUGUUUACCUAGGAUACUCUGCACUGCUGAGUUCGCUGGUAUUCAUUCUUAUUGGCACCAUUGGUUUCUUCGCAAGCUGGCUCUUUACCCUCAAGAUCUACAGAUCAAUCAAGGUGGAUUGA